AUGAGGGAUACUAAUUUCUGUUAUUGGACUUUCAAACCACUUGGGGAUGUGACACGCGACAAUGUAACGUAUAGUUGGCCGUGGCUGAACACUUUCUUUAAGGAAAUGACAUCAUCAAGUGGUGAAAAGAAGGGAAAGUACCCUCCUUUACUGUAUGCGCCUGGAAAAUCUCAUCUCUUGAAGAGGAGCAUCCACCAUAAUUGCACUUUGGCGAGUUUUGGAUUCAUGAAAGAUUGCAUUGGUGAAGAUGUUUACAAAGACAUCCGGGACCAUACACAAGUAGGAGUUUUAUUGAGUCUUGCUGAUUCUGACUAUGUGUGGUGGGCUAAGCUUGUGCAUUACAUCCUCACACGGCAGUUGGCUAUAGAGAGGAGAGAUUUCUGGUCUGAACUGAACUGUCAGCCCAUAGUUGAGGAUGAUAUUGUGGAAGUAGAUCACAGAGAAUUUUGGGCAGAGUUAAAGGUGGAUAGUGGUGUAGGGCCUAACUGGUAUGACUUGGAUGAAGCCUUGAAGAAUUGCAGAACAUGGACUCCUGACAAGAGAAAGAUGUUGGGACUGUUGUUUGUUGUUCAUGUUGGCAUAUUGGGACUCCCGAGGGGCAGUAGGAUUCCACUGGAGUAUGCAAAAAGAGUUUUAUAUAUUGCAGCAUUUGAUAGAUUUCCAUGGGGCCGGGUGGGAUUUAAGGAGCUAAUCCAGUCCAUUAAAGUGCUGUCCUUUAAGAAAGAGAGUUGUGCAAUCCAUGGAUGUGUUCAUGUUCUCAUGAUAUGGGCAUUUGACUGUUUGAAACUUGUGAAGAAAAAGAUUGUAGCUGAACAUGUCUCCUGGCGAGAAGAAGACGAUAUAUUCCCUUUCUGGCCUGAUGAGGUAGCUGUCUACGGGGAAUCAUGUGGCUCUAACAAACUCCUCGACAAUCUGUUGCAUGACAUCUUCCUAGGACGUGUUGAUGAGAGACAGUGGGAUGUUCCAUGUACUGAGGUUGGAGGACAGAAGAAGAUGGAGAAGAAUAAGCAGAUCAUGGACUCUGAUGAUGUUGGAGGACAUAAGAAGAUGGAGAAGAGGAAGCAGAUCAUAGAUUAUGUUAUUGUUGGAGUACAGAAGAAGAUGGAGAAGAGGAAGCAGCUCAUGGAUUCUGAAGAUAAAGUUGAUCCUCCUCCACAGAAGAAACAGAGUUUUAGACGGUCUAAAGGGCUAGUUAAGUUGGUAGAACCUAGUGACGAAAGUGGAGAGGAGAGCUCGGGGUCUGAGAGGGCAGAGAAAGGAUCACUAGAAGGAUUAAUGAAGUUGCUGGGAAGUUUGACAGGGAAGGUUGAUUCAAUGCAUGCUAACUUGGGAGGUCAGAUGGAAAAGAUUGGGAACCAAGUUAAUGUGAUUGAGAAGAAAGUGACAGUCCUUGAGACUGAUGUGUGCGAGUUGAAGAAAGAUAAAGGAGAAGUAGGUGAUAAGAAAGGGAAGGAUGCGAAGAUUGGUAAUGAAGUGAAGAUAGGGGGUGAUGCGAAUGAUGAGGAGUCCAAAACUGGAGAUGAUGGUGGUUCUGGAGCCAACGCUGAGGUAUGA